AUGGCAGAGUAUUUGGUCACUGGAGGGACAAGCUUUAUAGCUUCUCAUGUUGUAAAGGCACUUCUCGACUUGGGCUAUUUCGUAAGAACAACUGUUAGAGACUCCUCAGAUGAAGAGAAUGUUAGGUUUUUGUGGGAGUUGAAAGGAGCAAAAGAAAGGCUGAAGAUCUUCGAAGCCGAUCUAACGGUGGAUGGAAGCUUUGACGAUGCAGUCAAAGGUGUUGAUGGAGUCUUUCACAUCGCCUCUACGAUUUCUGUUUGUAUGGACGACAAUGAUCUGGAAAAGUUGGCCGAUCGCGAUAUAUAUGGUAUAAGGAACUUGAUGAACUCUUGUGAAAAAUCAAGAAACACUGUGAGAAGGAUUGUCCUCACAUCUUCUUCGACCUCAGUCCGGUACAGUUAUGAUGCCACAAAAGCCUCUCCGCUUAAAGAAUCGCAUUGGAGCGAUCUUGAGUACUGCAGAAGCUUCAGAAUCUGGUAUGGUUAUGCAAAGUCUCUAGUGGAGAAAGAAUCUUGGUUGAUCGCAGCCGAGAAGAAUCUAAACCUAGUGGUCGUAAUCCCUUCGUUUUGUAUCGGUCCAAUACUUAGUCCAAAACCCACAAGCUCCCCUUCAAUUUUUCUCUCUAUAAUCAAAGGUGUUCAUGGAGAAUACCAAAAUUUCAGAGGAGGGUUUGUGCACAUAGACGAUGUCGCUGCUGCACAAAUAUUAGCAAUGGAAGAGCCUAAAGCAUCAGGAAGAAUCAUAUGUUCGAGUUCAGUGGCUCACUGA